UCGGCGAGCGUUUCCGGUUUUGGGGCGGCCAGCGAGUAGGGAGGCGGAGCAGUUGGUUUGGUGCGGUAGCCGCUGGGCAAAUCUUCUCUUUCUCAGGAAAUAUGAUACGCUUCAUUCUGAUUCAGAACCGGGCCGGCAAGACGAGGUUAGCCAAGUGGUACAUGAACUUUGACGACGACGAGAAGCAAAAGCUGAUCGAAGAAGUACACGCCGUCGUCACGGUCCGAGAUGCCAAGCACACGAAUUUCGUCGAGUUCCGCAACUUCAAGAUAGUGUACCGGCGCUACGCUGGCCUUUACUUCUGCAUCUGUGUGGACGUGCACGACAACAACCUGGCCUACCUCGAGGCCAUCCACAAUUUUGUGGAAGUGCUGAAUGAGUACUUCCACAACGUUUGUGAGCUGGACCUCGUCUUCAACUUCUACAAGGUGUACAGUGUCGUGGACGAGAUGUUUCUCGCCGGCGAGAUCCGAGAGACGAGCCAGACGAAAGUCCUCAAACAGCUGCUGGUCUACAACUCGCUGGAGUGAAGCGGGUCUUGGGCGCAAACAAGCACACACAGAAAAAAAAAAAAGCUCGCUUCUCCUUCCAACUCACCACGCACUGACAUGCAUGCAGAAGGGAAAACGGACAGGUUUGACCGAGAGAGAAGUAGCAGUAGGCCGGUACCGGCGACGGCGUGCACAAACAACCACAUUCCCCUUUGAACUGCUCCUGCAACGCGCGUGGGAGAGACUCUCUGGCUUGCAGAGUCUUCUGCUUUUUGCAUACAUCCAUUUUCUUCGUUCCACAGUUGCCUGGCCGCUGCAUGCGCCUCUGUUUUACUCACCACCAC